AUGUGGGUCUCUGAUAAAAGGAUAAAUGCAUGCCAAAAUGAUGCUAAUAACAAUAAGAAAGGAUAUAAAAAGGAUAUAUUUGAUAAUCCUAAAAUGACAGAUGAUUCAGAAGAUCUGAUAAGAGAAACUUGCCAUGAUAAUAGAGUACAUGAUCUAGGCUAUUGUUAUCAAACUGAGAUAAAAAAAGAAAAGAAUAACCAUGAAAUAUUUGUAAAACAUCCUGGUGGUAAAGAAACAGUGAUGAAACAUGACACAGGUGGCACAGAAGUACAGUGCUUGCAAAAUCCUGAUGAAGGUGAUGAUUCAAAAGCCCAAAACUUUGAUGAACAUAUGGAUCUGGAAAAUUGUGUUCAGGAUAAACCCGGUGAUGUGAAAUCUGGUAAAAAUGUUGGUCUUGAAAGUUAUAGUAAAAACGGAAUUGUGACAGGAAAGAAUAAGCCCAAUGCAUUUAAGUGGAGGAGUAUGAAGUGCACCGAUAAUAGAAAAUCAUUGGUAAAAAGUAAGUAUGAUAAUGGUAAUGUAACAACAGAAAAGCAGGUUGAAAAAAGAGUAAAUCAAACUGAAGGUGUGAAUGAUAUUGUACACAAGAUGAAUAAAGAAAGCUCUUCUGUACAUCCUUGA